AUGUUCGUGACCGCGCUGUGCGUCCUGUGCGCGUCGCCAGCCCGCGGUGAGCCGAAUGGAAGCUGUCCCAGGAAAGACAGAAAAGUGAUACAGAGAGAACCACGCUCACACAGCUCUCAGCCUAAACCGUCUCACAAGCCCCCUCCAGGGGUGGUGGUUGUGUCUCAGGACAGUGAGCUGGUCCUCACAUGCAGUGGUGGUGUGAUCCUGGAUGGGGUAAAACUGGUUUCCUCCAGGUUUCCUAAUGCAGUCACUGCUUCUAUAGUGAACUCCAGAAGCCACAAUCCAGUUCUCCCAAAUCAACAAGUGGACACACUUGAGGAUGAGUUUGAUACUGAAGAGAAAGAAAAAAGACCGAAAGUUCAGUGGAAAUGGAACAACAAAGAUCUGUACACAGAGGGGUCCACACUGUCCCUGUCCAAUGUGAGAAUGAGUGACUCGGGAAGCUACAGCUGCCUUCAGGGAGGCACAGAGAAGUUCUCAACAAAGGUCAUAGUGGCAGAAGCAAUAGAGACGCCACAAUUGUCCUGUUACAAAAAGUCUCCGAGCAGCAAGAUCCGCUGUGAGUGGAGUCCACAUUCGCAGCUUCACAAAAGCACCAGCUGCUCCCUGUUCACCCGAAAAAGGCCGAAUGGGUUGUUUCUCAGAGUUCCCUGCUCGUACUCAACACGCCGCUCUAAAUGUUGGUGCGUUCUGGGCCAUAACGAGGAGGACAAACGGACCCUGCACCAGGCCUUUCUCUGUGUGUCCAGUCUCACCAGUAACGGCAGCAGUGACCUCAUCACCUUCACACCGAUGCACAUCCUGAAACCGGACCCUCCGUACAACGUGUCAGUCCAGCCGGAGGUGGGACUCAACCGGACUCUGGUGGUGACGUGGAGACCUCCUUACACUUGGAAAAUUCAAGACCGAUUCUACGAGCUCAUCUACGAACUCCGCUACAAACCGUUGCUCUCUGCAUACUAUCAAACUCGUGCCAUAGAUGAGCAGACCUCCACACACACCAUCACAGACGCAGUGGCCGGAGAGACGUACGAGGUGGAGGUCCGAGCCAAAGACGAGUACGAAGGCCAGUGGAGUGAGUGGAGUGUGACGCAGCAUGGACGCAGCUGGACCGAUAUAUCCAACGAAGAUCUCUUAGGGACAUCUUAUCCAUACUGGUAUGGUGAAGGCUCAGGCUCUGGAGACUAUCCGGAAAACCAAUUGACCUCUACGCAACGUGAAAAAACACUGUCUCAUCAUUUCCUCUGGAUCGCAGUGUCUCUGGGUGUUUGCUUAACUGUUCUAAUCGUGUACAUAAUAUGGCACAAAGGCCAGUGUGUGUCCAGACUGUACUCAUCGCGGCGACCUGGAGCUGCUGCAGACAAACAAACGCUCAGCAAAAGUCGACCUUUGAGAGAAGUGGAAGAAAGACGGAAACAGGAGCUGAGGGCUGAAGACAAAACUGAAGCCACUAUCUUCAAUAACACAAGCUAUUUUCUGGUCCAAAAGGAAAUUUAA